AUGGCCCUUUCAACCCUGUCUUCCAAAUCUCUCUACAGCAAUGCCAACAACCUCUUUCAACAAAACCAACAACCACAAUCACCCACUUUCUCUGUUGUCCCUGGAAGCAAAACCCACAAAUCAAAAUCCCACCUUUCAAUCUCUGCCGUCGCUGCCGAGCCCACCAAGAAUUCAGUGGCGGUGAAGGAAUCUGCGGCCCCAGUUGCUGUCCCAGGGACUGGAAAAUGGUCCUUGGAGAGUUGGAAAACAAAGAAAGCAUUGCAGCUACCUGAAUACCCUGAUGCUAAUGAGCUUGAGUCAGUUUUGAAGACUAUUGAGGCGUUUCCGCCAAUAGUUUUUGCCGGAGAAGCUAGGAGUCUAGAGGAGAGGCUUGCUGAGGCUGCAAUGGGGAAUGCUUUUUUGUUGCAAGGUGGUGAUUGUGCUGAGAGUUUCAAGGAGUUUAGUGCUAAUACUAUAAGAGAUACUUUUAGGAUUAUGCUUCAGAUGAGUGUUGUACUCAUGUUUGGAGGUCAAAUGCCUAUCAUAAAGGUGGGAAGAAUGGCAGGUCAAUUUGCAAAGCCAAGAUCAGAUCCAUUUGAGGAGAAGGAUGGAGUCAAGCUGCCAAGUUACAAAGGGGACAAUAUCAAUGGAGAUGCUUUUGAUGAGAAAUCAAGAAUUCCAGACCCACAGAGAUUGAUAAGAGCUUAUUGCCAGUCUGCCGCAACUCUCAACCUUCUCAGGGCAUUUGCAACUGGAGGAUAUGCUGCAAUGCAGAGAGUUACACAGUGGAAUCUCGACUUCGCACAGCACAGUGAGCAGGGAGAUAGGUACCAAGAACUAGCUCACCGGGUUGAUGAGGCCUUGGGAUUCAUGGCUGCAGCAGGACUCACUGUGGAACACCCAAUCAUGACAACUACUGAAUUUUGGACAUCCCAUGAGUGUUUGCUUCUCCCCUAUGAGCAGUCUCUUACAAGGCUUGAUUCAACUUCUGGCCUCUAUUAUGAUUGCUCUGCUCACAUGCUUUGGUGUGGAGAGCGUACUCGCCAGCUGGAUGGUGCCCACGUGGAAUUCCUUAGAGGAAUUUCCAACCCUAUUGGCAUUAAGGUGAGCAACAAAAUGGAUCCAAAUGAGCUAGUUAAACUCAUUGAAAUCUUGAAUUCUAACAACAAGCCAGGAAGGAUCACAAUCAUCGUAAGAAUGGGUGCUGAAAAUAUGAGAGUGAAGCUUCCCCACUUGAUCAGAGCUGUCCGUAGGGCUGGACAAAUCGUGACAUGGGUCUGUGAUCCAAUGCAUGGAAACACCAUCAAGGCACCUUGUGGACUAAAAACACGCCCCUUUGAUGCUAUUUUGGCUGAGGUGCGAGCAUUCUUUGAUGUCCAUGAGCAAGAAGGAAGCCAUCCUGGAGGAAUUCAUCUAGAGAUGACUGGCCAGAAUGUGACUGAAUGCAUUGGCGGGUCUCGGACAGUAACUUUUGAUGACUUGAGCUCCCGCUAUCACACACAUUGUGACCCAAGACUCAAUGCUUCUCAAUCGCUUGAGCUUGCCUUUAUCAUUGCCGAGCGACUUAGAAAAAGAAGGAUAGGAAAUCAACGUUUGCUUUCCAUGGGCCUGUAG